AAAUUUUUUACUGAGGUCACGUGACAACGGCUUUGUGAACUCUCCGAAGCAGAUUAAGCGAUUUGUACAUACAUUGUUUUGUAUAUACUGUAUAUGAUGUCCUCGAUGGGUUCCACUCGGGGAAACACACGAAGUGGUGCGCGGGAAAGACCUGUCGCAAAAUCCAGCUCACAGACCUCGACUAGCAAGUCCGGAGCAGGGGACACACCAGUUGGCAAAAAGGCUACUCCAGACCAGAUACGCCUCGCCCAGAUGAUUUCCGACAGUACCAGCAUAAACAAAUUGGACGACAAAUUGGCCGAAAAAAUCAAAAUGGUGCAAGAUGUAACCCACAAGUCAGAAGAUGAAAUCAUGGUGGCCCUGUACGAUUGUCAGGAAGAUACAGAAAGAGCGAUCAACCUCCUCCUUGAAAGAGUAGACGGGGACCAGGGCGAGUGGGAAACCAUCAGCUCCAAGAAAAAAGUAAAGAGCAACACGUCUACCUCUCGGGGGAGCAAUAGCAACUCUGACAACACAUCAAACAGUAGGGAAGGACGGUCAGAGAAAGAGGGAGGGGGCCGAGAGAAGGGUGGCAAAGACAAGGAGCCUAGAGACAGGGACAAUAAGGAGAGAGAUGGCAACUAUCGUGGGCGUGGCAGAGGGGGAAGAGCUCAGCUCCCACCACGGAUGACCAAAGGUCGAGGGAGAGAGUCGGACUCUUCAAGCAGGGAUCGAGAAAGGAACGACCAGAACAACAAGUGGGAGGGCGGAGAAAGUGGCAGGGGGCGUGGCCGCAAGGCGCAUGAUCAAACGAACGGUCCAUCUCGACGUGGUGGAAGGGGUCCAAGAUCCUACACUAAUCCAAAAUUUGGAACGUUCGAGCAGAAUGAUGCUUUCAAGCCAGGGGACAAUGUGUGGACCAAUCCCCCAGAUACAUCCAACGAUAACAACAUGGGUGAUUUCACUGUUUCAGCCUGGGAUGGGAGUGCGAUAGCUACAGACAGCUGGACGGCGGAUGACUGGAGUGGUGAUUUGGCAGAGAGUAAAGUGUUUACACCCAGUCCCGGUCAAACAUCCGAAAUUCCCAACAAUUCUGUUCAGCAGCCCUCGGCUCAGCCCCAGCAAUCUCCUCUGUCCACCAACGCCCAAAUGCCGCCCUCUAUGCCAGCAACGAUGUCGGUCAGCUCCAUGGCGCCCUCUAUGGGCCAGUCACUGGCAGUGCAAUCUUCAUCCAUGGGGCAGCCGCAGUCCAUGGCUGCUACAAUGCAACAGCAAUCUAGCGUCAUGCCUUCAAUGCAGCAGAGGGACGUUAUAAACUCGUACAGCAUGGAGGAUUCCCAUACCAGCUCAGCUCCUGAGAACUUCACAAGGAUUGACCUUGCAGCGUUAUUUGGCAAGUCCACCCCCCACGCCUCUAACGUCACCUCUCAGCUGACGUCGGGUGCACCAGCGAGUAUGUCUGACCCUAUGUCUUCUCAGAGACAGUCUUCAAACGUGUUCAGCCAGUACGGAGAGAUCAAACCUCAACCCCCCAUCUCGGCCAAUGACAACAAGGUCAAUCAGAUGGGCAUGCCACCAGGGCAAGGAGUGCCAGGACAGGAGGCGAGUGCAAAUCAACAGGCCCAGCAAAGAGCUCAGUCACAGCAAGCAUCAAAACCAACAAAGAAGAGAAUGCCACCACCAUCCACUAAGAUUCCUCUGUCAGCUGUUGAGAUGCCAGUAUCAGCAAGAGGACUGGGUGUUCUUGAUGUUCAAUUCGGUGCAAUGGAUCUUGAACCAUCGGUUGAUUUUGGUGUGUCUAGUAUGAUGGCUGGAGUUCCUCCAAGCAGCACAUCGCUGCAAGGGUCUGUCCCAAUGCCAUCGUCUGGCCAGCUACCUUCAGCUAUGCCAUCAUACAGCAUGGGUGAGUCAGCAGCUGUAACGGCCCCAAGCCACCUGUCCAACUAUCCCAACAAACAAGGCGAUAACUACCCAUCGUCAGCAAUGAACACGCUCUUAACCGCCAGCACAGCCUCGCCGAUCCCAACAACAUUGGAGCAGAGAUCUAUCUACGGCCAAGCACCUCAGAAACAGAUGGCUCCUGAGCCCAUCCCAAUGCCAAAUCAAAACCAAGUGGGAUUUAUGAAUGCACAGAAAGCAUCACCUACCCAGCAGAUGGAUGGUAAGACAGAUAAGCUACAGUCCGGUCCGUACCAUACACCUUCCAUGCCAUUGCAGCUAUCCUCCCUAGGGACACAUCCAACGAGCCUAGCAAGCAACGCCAUGUCCCAGUCACCGAGUGGUAUGCAAGCGUCUACGGGUCUACACUCACAGAUGGGAUUAGCGUCUCAUGGUAAUCAGCAAAUGAGACAGACACAAAACUCCUACCAUCCAACAAGUGCUACUGCGAUGACAACAACUGUCCAUUCUCAGGUCAGUCUGCCCAGCGGUUUGUCCAACAUGCCCCACGGCUACUCAGGCUCCAACAUGAACGCCAGCAGUCACCCCAACUCGGGCAUGGGCGCAAACAACCUCGCCCAGUCCAACCUCGGCGGGAGCAACUUGGGUACCUCCAAUCUUGGCAGCUCUAGCCUCGGCGGCUCCGCGCUGAACAGUUCGAGUCUCGGUGGGAGCGGUCACCAAACGUCAGGUCUCAGCAGUCAUUCAACAAGUGGACUAUCAUCCAGUGGUGGCUUGACCGCAGGCGGUCUGUCCAGUGGACCAAGCACAAUGAGCACACAACCCUCGGGACUAUCUAGCUCAGUCAGUGGAAUGUCAAGCUCAGGGCAUAUGACUGGAACGACUGUAUCAAACUCUAUGCCAUCACAGAGUGGCGCACAGGUAGCACAGCUGAGCAGCAACAAAUUGGGAGGUCUGGACGGCAGAUUGAACUCUUCACAGCAUGGUAUGGAUCACAGUCAUCCGACGUCAUCCAGUCUUAAUAGUCACUCGUCAAUGACCUCUAAUGCCAGUACGUCAUCGCUGACUACAUCCAGCUAUAAUACAGUCAGUGGAAUGUCAUCAGGACUCACAUCGGUUACAUCCGUUGGAUCAUCAGCAUUCAAAUCAUCACUUACAUCAAAUAAAGGACCACCAAACUUGCCACCAGGGAUGCCGUUGUUCAACCCCCAGUACAUCAUGGGCCAUGGCAUCUUGCCUGUCAAUCCAUUUCAGGCUGCAGCAGCUGCCUCCCACCAAUCGUUCUACAAUUAUGACGACCUGCAAAUGCAGUUAUCGAGAAUGCCAAUUGGUUACUCCUAUGAUCCCCAACAGUUCCCUCAGCCUCCUACGACGAUGACCGGUCGUGAUGUCACAUCCCACUCAACGGCGCAGUAUUCCAUGACGGACCAGAGCAAGUUCACCAGAGGAGAGGCGGCGUCGCCCGUCGGCUCGUCGCUGUCAACACAGCAGCAGCAGCAGCAGCAACAAACAGGUCAAGCGGGUCAUCACCAGACGCAACAGCAAGCCACUCAGCAAGCAGCUUUCAUGAAUCCAGCGACUGUUCCACCAGGCUAUGGGUACGGAGGGCUACCUUACUACCCAAGUCAUGGGAUCAUACCACCCGGUCUGCAGUACCAGCCAGCCGUGUUUCCUGCUGUCAAUACACAGGUGCAGCCUAACAACAGGUCUCAAGCAGGGACGACGCCCCACUCGGCAUUCCAACAAACGGCAUAUGGUCAACAUGGCUCACAUAGUGCAUAUGGAGCAGGAUAUGAUGAUUUGAACCAGUCACAAGAUUACACCAAAGGUGGCUACUCAACAGUGUCACAGUCUGGGGCUAAAGGCACAGGAGCAACAGCAGGACGUAGUUCAGUGUCUGUCACCUCAGCUUCAGCUGUACCAGCGGACAUGACAGCUAGUUCCUACACAAACAAGGCUCAUUCCCAGUCCUAUGCAGACAAGCAAGGCUUCCACACAGGUACCCCGCCACCAUUCAAUUUCCCUUUGGCCAGUGGCAACCAGGGAGGGCCUCUGACGCAAGCGACAGGCUACCCUCACGCCUCCUUCGUGCCGAUGAUGCCACACAACACCAUGUUGCCACACCAACUUCACAGCGAUGGUCAGGGUGGGUCGUCUCAACGAUCCCAGGGAAGCACCAACCCCGGCAAGCCGGUCAGCAAACCACCUUACGGAGGAUCCACAUACUGGGGCGCUAACUAGAACCUGGUACCAGUCAAUCAUAUAUAUAACACGAUCGUUCGAUCAUGUUCAGUCCACAUUGCAUCUGGACACACACAUGUAGAUAUUGUUAACUUAUCCUGUUGUAUUUUAUGGAAACAGAAAUAGUUUGAUGCAUCUGCUUCAUUUUCACUUUUUUUUUUUUUUAAGUACACAUUUUUUUUCUGAAUUAUUGUUUUAUUAUUCGUCCCAAGGCCAGAAGAAAAAUUGCGUCAUUUUUUGGAGCAGGCCUUGUUUUACUAUUUGUGUAUGUACACCACAGAUUUGUUCCUAGCUUUAGUAAUGGGUCAUAUUUGUUGUGAUGCUUUGUUAGUACGCUGUUAGUUCAGACCAAAGAAUGGGGUUUUAUUCUCGGUGCCAAAUUAUACUCUGGUCUCUACAGGGUUGAGUGAAAACAUAGAAGCCAUUUGGUCUUUUAUUCUGACAUAUAACUAGACAGUGAAAAUAGUGUGUAUUAUAACGUCAAGAUUUCAUGGUAUACAGACAUCGGAUACCUGUUAGGGUUUAUUGGUGCUGUUAUAAGGGAACCAGCAUUCUGUUUUGUGGGCCGUUCCCUGGCAGUGUUUUUUGCACUGGUCCGAUUUUAUUAGACCGAGGCAGAAAACAUCAAAUCUGAUAAAGUAAUAAGUUGAAAGAAACAUGAUGGAGAGGAUGUGCUUGGAAACAUCAACCUUUGACCUAAUCGCAAAUACUCGGUAAGCCCGCGUAAGGCGUGGAAUGAGGUGCAUGCUGGUCUAGCUAGCGAUCAAAGUUGAUCCCUAGCUAGACCAGUAUGCUUUUUAUUCAACAGUUAGCACUUGCACAAUGUGUACUUGCGAAAAGGUGUAUUGGCUUUGGCAUCACAGUGUCCUCUCAAGAGGUCCAUGCAAAGAUGGACAGUUGCUUCUAGGUGUUGAGGUUGGUCGACCUCGACUAUGGCAGUGUACUAGGGGGUUAAUAAUUUGGUAUUGAGUAUAAUCAUCCCUUAUUGUGGUAUGUAUGACCCUUUUUAGAACAGAAGUCCAUGUCACCGGAAUCAUUAUUUGAAAUCAUUGUUGUUUGCCAAAAGUUACAGAGCAAGCCAAGGAUUGCCUACUCCAUCAAAACAUUGUCUCGUCUCGUA